UAUAUUAUACGGGAGAAGAAGAGAGAGAGGAACGGCUAGGGCGAGAAGAAGAGAGCGGUGGCGUUCUCGAAUCUUUAUUUUUUCCGUCUGCAAAGAGGAAAAAAUAAGGAAAAGGGGGAAGAAUUUCCGGAAUCCGAUUUUUUUUUUUUCUGCUUCUGCCUCGAAUCAUCUCCUCAUCGUCGCCGAUCGAUCGUCUGUUUGCCCAACAUCGGACGGCCGGUCGUUGUUCGUGAAUUAUCCGAGCUGCUUCUCCCGCGGAUGACAGGCUGGCUGCAUUCCCGCCGCCUCCAGCCGGAGCGCGGCUGAUGAUUGCCGCAGGGAUCGCCAAUCACGCGACGGAUCUUUGGUGCCGGAUGCCGUUUUUCGCCGGUGCGAGUGCUUGAUUCGACCGGAGGAUGAUGGUCGACGGGAUCGGGAGCUCCGGGGGCCCGCCGCCACAGCCGCUUGAGUGGAAAUUCUCGCAGGUGUUCGGCGAGCGGACGGCCGGGGAGGAGGUGCAGGAAGUUGAUAUUAUCUCAGCAAUUGAAUUCGAUAAAACUGGUGACCAUCUUGCUACUGGAGACCGGGGAGGGCGCGUAGUUCUAUUUGAACGGACAGAUGUGAAGGAUCAUCAUUCUCAAAGAGAGCUGGAGAGGCUGGACUAUCCCAUCAACAGACAUCCUGAAUUUCGUUAUAAAACAGAGUUCCAAAGCCAUGAACCUGAGUUUGAUUAUCUUAAAAGUUUGGAAAUUGAGGAGAAGAUCAAUAAGAUCAGGUGGUGCCAAACAGCCAAUGGGGCAUUGUUUCUUCUCUCAACAAAUGACAAAACAAUAAAGUAUUGGAAGGUCCAAGAGAAGAAGGUGAAGAAAAUAUGUGACAUGAAUGUAGACCCUUCUGUACCUGUGGGGAAUGGCAGUUUGACUGGUUCAAGCAGUUCCUCACCCAGCCGUAAGAUGUAUCUUCCUAAUGGUGGAUGUUCUGAAGGCCCAUACAAUUUGUUGAACAACGACUUUGUGUUUCCUGUAGGAGGAAUCCCAUCUCUUCGUUUGCCAGUGGUAGUGGCUAGCAAUGAAACGAGCCUUGUUGCAAGAUGCAGGAGAGUGUAUGCUCAUGCGCAUGACUAUCACAUCAACUCCAUUUCAAACAACAGUGAUGGAGAAACCUUUAUAUCUGCUGAUGACUUGCGGAUUAAUUUGUGGAACCUUGAAAUAAGCAACCAGAGUUUUAACAUAGUCGAUGUCAAGCCAGCAAACAUGGAAGAUCUCACUGAGGUAAUUACUUCUGCUGAGUUUCAUCCUAUCCAUUGCAAUACAUUAGCAUACAGCAGCUCAAAAGGUUCAAUUCGUCUCAUUGACUUGCGACAAUCAGCUUUAUGUGAUACUCAUGCAAAAUUGUUUGAGGAGCAUGAGGCUCCUAGUUCAAGGUCCUUUUUCACUGAAAUUAUUGCUUCCAUAUCAGACAUUAAGUUUGCCAAGGAUGGGAGAUACAUUCUUAGUCGUGACUAUAUGACUCUCAAGCUUUGGGACAUAAACAUGGAUUCUGGGCCCGUGUCUACUUUCCAAGUUCACGAAUAUCUUAGACCAAGGCUAUGUGAUUUAUAUGAAAAUGAUGCAAUUUUUGAUAAAUUUGAAUGUUGUCUGAGUGGAGAUGGGCUUCGGGUAGCCACAGGUUCUUACAGCAAUUUGUUUCGGGUGUUUGGUUGUGUUCCUGGGAGCAAUGAAGCAACUACUUUGGAAGCUAGCAAAAAUCCUAUGAGGAGACAAGUGGUGACCCCUGCAAGGUCCUCCAGAUCACUGAGCAGCUUAACACGAGUUGUUAGACGUGGUAGUGAGAGCCCAGGUGUCGAUGCAAAUGGAGGUGCCUUUGAUUUCACAACAAAGUUGCUACACCUAGCAUGGCACCCAUCAGAGAAUUCAAUUGCAUGUGCAGCUGCAAACAGCCUCUACAUGUAUUAUGCAUAAUAGCAGCCUCCACAUACCUGCUGAUUGGCCAGUUCUUGGAGGUGAUUAGUUGAGGUGAUUGUGUUUCAACUGAAGAAAAUGGGCCCAAGUGCCUCCGAGCCUCUCUGUAGCAUUUCACUGAAUGGGGCUCACAGGAUGCAGUGCGGAUUGAUGAGGAAGUAAAGUAUGUCCUUUUCUUUUUUGUUUCAGAGCAAGUUGCUCAAUUCUAUUUCUUUGUAGAAAAGAUUUGAGGUCUUUUCUGACUCUUAGCUCUACAACAACCAAAGGAAGUCUCUCACUACCCAAAAUUCUGGACGCCACAGGGAAUCUGACAAUGCCUUUGCUGUGUGGCCUGUGAGGCCCCUGGGGCUUGUAUUUGUUGGACUAACGCUUGGGCACAUGGGAAGUUAUAUCACGAAUCAUUCUUGUGCAUUUUCUAUGCUGAUCUUCUGAUUUUAUUCCUCGGAUAAUGAGAAUUCUUGACGUGUUAGUUUAAUAUAUUGUAUGAAUCCCAUGUUUUUAAUUAUCAA